CCCACGGGAUUAGCUCCAAUAUAAAGCACACGCUGCAACGUUUUAAGAUCUACUGGUAACAAACCAGAAGGCAGCUAACCAUUCUCUCGUUCAAGCAUCAAGAGUCUUCUCUCUCCAACAGUUCUCUCCACUUCUGAGGUUGGGUUUGGGGUUUUUGUUGCAACCAGACUCGAGUUUGAUUUCAGUUGAUAUAUAUAAGCUAGUGACAAAGGAAGCAUGGCCAAGCAUCAUCCUGAUUUGAUUAUGUGCAGGAAGCAGCCUGGGAUUGCGAUUGGUCGGUUGUGUGAGAAGUGCGAUGGGAAGUGUGUGAUAUGUGAUUCAUAUGUGCGUCCCUGCACACUUGUUCGGGCAUGCGAUGAAUGCAACUAUGGGUCGUUCCAGGGUCGGUGUGUGAUUUGCGGAGGUGUGGGUAUCUCUGAUGCCUAUUACUGCAAAGAGUGUACUCAGCAGGAGAAGGACCGUGAUGGCUGUCCAAAGAUUGUUAACUUGGGCAGUGCUAAAACUGAUCUCUUCUAUGAGCGCAAGAAAUAUGGAUUUAAGCAGAGAUAGAGAGUAUAUUGUUGGGGAAUUCUUUUGUCUGUUAACUAUGUUUUGUAUUACUUAUAUUAUGGUGUUCAAACUUCUAUCUAAUACUCAAUCACUCUACUGGUAAACAUUUUAAUGGGUUUUCAGUAUUUUGAGAAUUGUUGGUUCAUUACUGCUGUUAUAUUUUCGUUCAUCUUUGUCCCAGCAUAUGCAUAGCCGUUCCUUGAUUUCAAUGCUUUUGAUGCGGAGUUACUUUAUACAGUUAAGAACUGCAAAAAUAUUUAUGUUUUUUGUUUCGAUAUUUUCGUGGGGUUUUGAUUCUCUCUGACUGUUCCAACAGGUGCAUAUUGGUUCCUUGGUUUCAUCGCUUUCCAACGAUGCGGGGUUGCUCAACGCAGAUGUGGUAAUAAAAAUCAAUGAGGGUUUUGAUUCUUUCGUGUCUAUUCAUUUAGUAAAACUGAUCUCUUCUAUGAGCGCAAGAAUUAUGGAUUUAAGCAGAGAUACCGAGUUUAUUGUUGGGGAAUUGUUCCAUCUGUGAACGAUGUUAUGUAUUACUUAUGGUGUUCAAACUUCUAUCUAAUACUGAAUCACUCUACUUAUGGUGUUCUUCUAUAA